AUCUAACAGAAAAUCUUGAGAGAGACCUCUUGGGCGUUCCUGGCCAAGUUUGUCUCGUGCUUACGCCCCUCUAACUGACCUAUAGAAGCAUGCGCCACAGAAACUACAUUUCCCACAAUUCCGCUGUGCUCGCCCUUGUCAGAUCGGUCGAGCUAACUGGCGAGCGGUCACCGGAGUGCAGCGUUAUAUAUUUACAGCAGCAUGGACGGUGGCAGUCACUCUGAGUCACUGUCGGGUCAGUGAAUAUGACAAAUAUUUCCAAAACAGUGCCUUCAGCACCAGAAAUAAUUUUUAAUCAGACUCAAUUUUACUUUUAAUAUUUUCGGAGUCGCAGCGCUGUCAACUAGACUAACAUAUCUAGGUACUAGCUAACUAAUGUACUAGCUGGCUAACGUUAGCUAACCUACUACUUACCGUGUCCAACUCAAGUGAGCAGACUCGGCUUGGAGCAUUGCUAGCGACUGUAAAUAAACACCCGGAGAGGGGGACUGACCCAGGCACAACAGAAGGACUCUACGUGGUGGCGGGGGAAAUUUAUAAGCUCACAGCACCCAGUGGUAUCGCCCCCCGGUGGCCGGAGUACAUGAGCACGGUUGGUGGCAGCUGUGUUUAGUCCUUGGGGAUGGGGAGUGGAGUCCAGGAGCAACAGGCAGCACUCAGACAGGGAGAAGUGCUGCCGCUGGCCUCCUCCAAUCAAGCAGAAGGCCUGAAGCAAACUCGGUCUGUUCUGAACUCACUGCUGUCAGGGGCUUUAGCAGGAGCUGUGGCCAAGACAGCUGUAGCCCCGCUGGACAGAACUAAAAUCAUCUUCCAAGUGUCCUCAGCAAGAUUCUCUGCCAAGGAGGCCUACAAAUUGAUCUACCGCACCUAUCUGAAAGAUGGCUUCUUCAGCUUGUGGAGGGGCAACUCUGCCACCAUGGUGCGAGUCAUCCCAUAUGCUGCCAUCCAGUUCUGUGCCCAUGAGCAAUACAAGAGGCUGCUCGGAGGCUAUUAUGGCUUCCAGGGGAAAGCCCUGCCUCCAAUUCCACGGUUACUGGCUGGCUCUAUGGCUGGUACCACGGCAGCCAUGCUGACCUAUCCUCUGGACAUGGUACGAGCCAGGAUGGCAGUCACACCAAAGGAGAUGUACAGCAACAUCCUGCAUGUGUUUGUGCGGAUCUCUCGAGAAGAGGGCAUUAAGACGCUCUAUCGAGGUUUCACACCCACCAUCCUGGGUGUUGUGCCCUAUGCUGGUCUCAGCUUUUUUACCUACGAAACGCUGAAAAAGUUGCAUGCAGAGCAUAGUGGGCGCCCGCAGCCCUACUCAUAUGAGCGCCUGGCCUUUGGAGCUUGUGCUGGCUUCAUCAGCCAAACGGCGUCUUACCCUCUGGAUGUGGUUCGGCGGCGCAUGCAGACUGCAGGAGUCACAGGUCACACAUACGGCACCAUCCUCGGCACCAUGCGUGAGAUUGUGGCUGAAGAAGGGGUGAUUCGCGGACUUUACAAAGGUCUCAGCAUGAACUGGGUCAAGGGGCCGAUUGCAGUGGGGAUCAGCUUCACCACCUUUGACCUGACUCAGAUCCUGCUGAGGAAGCUGCACCAGAUGGGCUACAUCGCUCGAUAGUGGAGGGAGAGAAGGAUGACAAGGCUCUCGGAUGCACUCUGAGGAGGGAAGGAGAGAAAGUUUGGGGCCUGCAGGAGUGUGUAUCACUGGACGCAAACAUACGCACACCGGCUCAGAAUGUGUGGGCAGCAUUAAAAUAUUGUCCAGCUUUAUGUGUGAGCAUGGGGAGGAUCAGUUCCAGUGAGUGUGAGGUAUUUCGGAUGGUACUGUGUACCCACUACACAAUGUUGUGAUGUUGAUCUAAGUGCAAUAUGCUCAGUGAUUUCAUGUAUGUACACAUAGGUGAUAAUAAUCCUGCCCUUGUGGACUCCCAGGCCUCCAUGUGUGUUUAUCGGUCUGAGUUUGGAGGUCCACACACCCCAAGGCCUCCCCAUUGCCUUGUGUGUUUUCCUAAAACUGACACCUUCCAGUAGAGAUUACCACUCUCCUUUCCAUUUGAGUUCUAAGGUAUGUUUAAUUUGAUCCUUCAGACUGAAAUAUGGGAGGAAUUAUAAUGGAAUUAUACCAAAGGAUAUAUAUAGGGAUGUUUAAUUGUAAAGAUGAAUUCAGAAUAGCUGAUGUUACUGACAUUAGUACUGUGUUCUUUUUUUAUUUUGUUAGAGCAGAUGUUCUCAGAGUAACAGCAUCAAUGCAAAAAUCCACCCCAACACAGAAUUCACCUUACUUCUUCUAUCUUAGAGAGCCAGGGCAAUUUGUGUAUCAGUUUGAGAUACUGAAAUCAGUAUGUGAAACUCUUCCAAAGUUUGAAAUUAAAUGAUCAAGGUUAUUAUUGGUAGUAUGAUCAAGGGACAAAGUCCAUAGUUGUUCCAGUGACAGGGAGUUGGAUUCUAUUUGUAGACACAUAAAAUAUUUGUUUGCUACAUUUCAUGCCAGUGCCAACAGCUAUGAAAUAUAAAAUGUGCUCAUAUACCAGUAAGUUAACCUUUGUCACCAGUAUUGUGUCUCAUAGUCCUCCAUUUGCUGCCAGUGCAGCAGCUCCGGUACCUGUCUUUCAUGCCUGGUUUGCAAGAGAUUUUUUUUUUUUUUGGCUGGUUCAAGGUGAUAAAAAUAACAAUUUUGAAGUCUGGUUAGGGUGGAUUUACUCUUAAAAUACUCAUGUUUAAGAGAUGUAGUAGUCACAAGGGUAUUGCUAAUGGACUAACCUGACUGGAAAUAUGCACUCAUCUAGUGUAGCCACCAUGUGAGUACACAGUCAUGCUGUUAUAGGCAUAAUUUAACACAUUUAAGUGUAAUUUGUCAGUAUUGCACAUUACCUCUGCACGCAAUCAAGCUCUCAUGACAUGAGUGUGCGCCAUGGAACUGUGUCAAAACCUGGUGACAGUAUCCUCGCCUUUGGCUGUAUGUCAGACAGUGUAACGUGUCCUCACUGUUGAUGCAGGCUGGAGCCCAUUGAAGAGCGUCCAUGGUUUUCUAUAUUUAGAUCAUACACGCACAAGCGGGACGGUGGCUGCCUGCUCAUUGGUGCUCACUCCACAGGCUGAGUUUAGCGGACAGCUGGGGUGUAGAGCCAAGUGGGGCAGGGGGCAGGAAAGGGGUUAGUACUGUCAUUUUUAACAAGGCUACGCUGUUCAUUCAAACUGAGAUGUGAAGAUUUGACAAAUAGCCCAGCAGUUGAGUGCUAGGGCUGGGCGAUAGAUUGAUAUUAUAUUGAUGAUGUGACAUAACAGUAGAUAUCGUUAAGAUUGUGGAUACUGUGGUAUUGUACAAGUUGUUUUAAUUGUUUCAAAAGCUGCAUUAUUAUGGGAAAGAAAUGCAAUUUUUUGACCUUAUUAGAUUGUUCUUUCUUUUCUUUGAUUUUCCUACUGCCUACUUGGUCAUAUUCACAUGACUAAUGAUUGUUCAUCAAACACUCUUAUUUAAAUAUCUCAUGAAAGCACGAAUAGUCAUUUCUACAAUUUUGAUAUGGAGGUAUUCAGUCAAAGAUAUCAUGACAUUUGAUUUUGUCCAUAUCGCCCAGCCCUAGCCAAAAGCAAAGCACACCAUGUAAUAUUUUGGCUUUUUUUGAAACACAAACUAUCCAUUCAUUAAGCUAAUAACUGUCCCCUCUAACCUGCCUCUGAAAGAGCACCAUGCUCUCAUCCACCCCUCAUCUUUUUUAUUCUCAGAUGUUGUGAUUGUAUUACUCCAUUCGGCCAGUGAAUCAGGACUUGCAAGCACACCUGAAUUACAUUCAGUUUGUAUUCAUGUCAGCACAAGGUGGAAAACUGUGGUGCACUUGUCUCUACAGCACCCAGGGGAGGGCUGGCAUACAGAGCACCCCUCCUUAGCCAGGAUUGGGACAGCCUAGUGACACAGCACGGGUCGUACCAUUGCCAGUCUCAUGGGGAGAGCCAUCUGCCUCCCCCUGUUGUUUUGCACAGUGUUUUGUCUUGUGAUGCUCCCCUGCUUCCAGCUCUAGCAUCUCCUUCGUAUGCAUGGCCCUGUCCUCUUUCAGUAGCUGCAGGUUUCCUGUUCUGGGAGGAAAUGUUUAAAUAACUGAGAGUGGAGCAGUGACAGCUGAGUCCUAAACCUUCAUAGUCUCUGUGCUGAAGGGUUUCAGAGUGCUGCUUGGUGUUAAAUGUGACUGGAACCUGAUUGCAGGUCUUGCUACUGACUCUUUAAGUGCCUAGUAAGGAAUAGUAAUGCUUUUACUAUGACUAAAAUACUUUGACUAACCUUUUUGAAGGUUGCUUCCAUUUUCUAGCCUUGCUUCUGUCUUUUGACAUCUCAAAUAUUCAAGGACAAGAAAAGGGUAGCUUGAAGUUCAAGAAUGGUUGGACUUCUGUGUUUAAAUGUAUUACAUAAGGUCCUGUUUUUGUAAAUGAAUUUUGUAACCUUUCCUUAUAAAACUGCCUUGCAGGUUAUUGCUGUCUCGGGUGUGAUUACAUGAGUCAUGGUUCCUAUAGCCGACUCAACCACUCCAUUCCAACCCCUCUACUGCGAGGAAGGUAGGAAGGAUGCACAUUUGUAGGCAUUUUCAAAUGUGUAAAGACAUGGACCCUGAAGUCAGUAGGAAGAAUGUCAAGAACAUUGCCAGUUCAAAACAAUCUUUUAAAAAAAACUUUAUUUUCAUGUUGACUUCCCCUACUCAUACAUAAGAAAUGGAUAGGAAUAUAGCAAGCUCUAAUAUAUCUAACAUAUAUCUAACAGAAUAGUUGAGAAGGUCUAUUAUUGCUUAUAUUAGGGGUAGUGCAUUGAUAUUGAACUAAGCACAUUUAUGUUGCUUUUCAGGAGCAGCAUAAGUUCACUCUAAUACAACUGUUUGGAACAAAUACUCUAAUAAGCAGAAAACCCCCCAGACAAUCAUAAAAUGCCAAAGCGCUACUUUUUAUUUCAAUUUAUUUUCUUUUUCCUGAGGAAGGUACAGUUUUAUUUUCUAGAACCUGAAAGUGGCUUAAUUAAGAGCGAGUACUAUACUCUGAGGUAUGAUUUGAUUUGUCCACAUAGGCUCAUAUAUGUAUGUAGCCAGAGCAAACUACGCUAAUUUCAUCGUUUUAACCCUCUCUCUGGGUAAUCACAUAGACGUGCAGACUCACAGUGUUAAUGAAUUUGCAUGUCACAACAGAAUAACUCAUAUUUUGCUGUCGUUUUGGUGCAUCGAUGAUAACAAAGGCUGUUUUGUAGUGAUUUGUGCCAACCAAAUGUAAACAUACUAAUACUAUGUUUUGUGUACAGUCCUUAGUGACAAUUGUGUAUCUUUAGAAAAAUUUUGAAAUUUUAAACUCUCAAAUAAAGUUGUAUGUUGAAAUGA